CUUAUUAAAUUUUUCCAUCGCUUGUUGAUUUCUGAGUGUGAAAUUUUACCAAGCCCUAAAUUGCUUACUGGAGAAGAACACAGUGACUGUAAUUUUGUGAGCUACCCAUAGUUACACAAAGGAGUAAAAUAUUCAUCAAAGGCCGGAUUUGUAAUUGGAAAACAUAACAAACCCACAUUUAGCCUCACCAGACUGUAAUAUACACUACUUAUUUUAGCCCUUACUGAUUAGUAAGUAGACUUCUGUAUCUUAUAUUUCUAAUAUGUUGUUUGCAAUUGACCAUAUGGAAGUCAUAAUGAUUGUACUUCUUGUUGCGUCAAUGAAACAUUAUGAGAGGAAACACACGACAUUGCAUGUUUGACUAAUACCAGGAUACUGACUUAUCCUUGCCAUGAACACAGUCUGAAUCAUCCAGGCAGACUUCCUAUUGCCCAAUCCUCGUCACGUCCCCCUCCUGACUAUUGAUCGCAGCACCACGUGUUACAGAAGGCCAUUCUAAUGAGCCAUUUUCUACUGCUUGUCUAAUUGCCUCACUCCAAAUUUUGUGAUUAGUCGCUCCAGGCUAGAUUUUUUAAGUGUCUCUCAUUGUGAGGGAGGUGCCGCUUACACAGUAGCACUGUGAGGUGGGUGACCUGAAGCCCAGCUAUCACUAUCCAUCUCUGCAAGGUCACGAGAUGGCAGCCUUACUGAGAUUCCUCCUCCUCGUGCUCUCCCCCCUGUUGUGGACAACUCUUGCUGCCACUGCCUCUACACACUGCCCCAGGAGCUGCCACUGUUACCAGACCAAGACAAACACCUACAACGUGUACUGUACAGGGAAAGACCUGACGGCAGUCCCGUCUGGCCUGCCCACAAACACAACAUAUCUGGACCUGCAGCAGAACAAGAUCACGUCCCUGGGGAACCAGUCGCUGAGUCAGGUGCCACAACUGGAGGAGCUCAUCCUGAAGUCAAACCAGAUCAGCAGCAUUGACAGCAACACUUUUACAGGGACAGUAAGGCUACAAAGCCUCGUUCUCUCUAACAACAAGUUAGACAGCGUGCCAUCUGACGCCCUUCGACCGCUGAUCAACCUGAAAGAGCUGUUCUUGAAUGACAACUCCAUCACUGCUCUUCAGCAAGACGGCUUUGCGGGCAAUGGCAACCUUACCCAUCUACGUCUAGGUUACAACAACAUUGGGGCUGUCCACUUUCAUGCAUUCAACAAGCUGGAGCUGUUGGAGGUUCUGGAACUGCAGGGAAACCUCUUGGAAGAAGUACCCGAGCAAGCUUUCUUUGACCUAAACUCAUUGAUCACCCUCCAUCUAGACCACAAUAGAUUAGCUAGGCUUGGUCGUGGACCUUUUCAGUUUCUGAAGACGGUCCAGAACCUCUACAUCAGUGACCAGCGGAUUUCUGGGGCAUUACAACUAGACUUUCAUGCCUUUGGAGGCCUGGACCAACUCACUACUCUAGAACUGCAGUACUGCAAACUGACAGGCGUGCCAUUUGACCAAAUCAGCAUCAUUCCGAACUUGAAGGUCCUUCGUCUUACGGGAAACUACAUCACGGCACUUCCCGCCAACUCCCUCAUUGGGGCGCAGAACCUGGAGGAGGUGUACUUGAACUUCAUGAACCUGACAGCCAUCGAGACGGGCACGUUCUCGGACCUGCAGAAGCUGAAGGUCAUUGACCUGGGCAGCAACCCCAUCACCAGGAUGGCAAGCCGGUCCUUCCAGAACCUGCCAUCCCUGCAGACACUGGGGCUGAGCCGGCUGCGGGAGCUGGAAUCGGUGGCCACCGACGUGUUCAUGAAUGUGAAGAGCCUGGAGGUCCUGGACCUGGCUUACAGCAGCCUCAGCACCUUUGCCCCCAUCCGGGAGUUCACCUCUGUCAAGAACCUCACCCUGUCGGGAAACCCCAUCCACUCCAUCACCCAGGGCGACUUCAGCCACCUGACACAGGUGGUGGAGCUGCACCUGCAGGACGCGGGGCUGAGGGAGAUCCUUCCGGACACCUUCACCCGCCUCCGCAGCAUGGUGUCCCUGGACCUCUCCAACAACGACAUCGCCACCAUUCCAGCCGGGGCCUUCAGAAACAUGAAGAACCUCUCGCAGCUCGUUAUCAGGGAGUCUCAAGUGGAAAGUGUGAGCGAAAAUGCAUUCGACGGUCUGUCCAAGCUGGAAAUCCUGGACUUGUCAAACAACAAGAUUGGGUCAAUAGGGAAAGGGACCUUCAAGGACCUGAAUGCAUUAAGAGAGCUUUACCUACAGGGGGGACUGGUGCAAAAUAUUGAAGAAAAAUCAUUCGAUAGCUGUAAAACAUUACACAAGCUACACCUGCAGUCCAACAGAUUAACCACUUUGCCGAAGGACUUACUCUCCCCCUUGGAGUCCACACUAAAACAGCUGGGGCUGUCCAACAACCCCUGGGCUUGUGACUGCAACAUCGUGCCCCUGGCUACUUGGCUAAAAGAGAACCAACAGUUUCCCAUCACAUGUGCCUCCCCCGCAGAACUAAAGGGGAACACGUCAAACGAGAUUGACCUUACGACUCUCCCCUGCCUAUCUACAAUACACCAUAUUGUCAGAGUAGCACAGAUAGUGGUGCCCCUAGUCGUGGUGUUGGUUCUGGCUGGGCUGGCCGCGUUCUUCUUCCUGAGAUGGAGAAAACAUCGGGAGAGCGACACGACAGUGAAGUACAGGAGGACAGAGGACAGCUUCCACUUGGGGGACGUGAUCGAGGACAACGACGUGGGGGACCUUGAGGUGGGCGACCGAAGUCGGCUGGAGUUCAACUCCUUCGACAAGAACACGCAGUCGCUUGUGAACGAUACCGCCGACGAGGAGGACAACAGGGAAGAUGUAGAGGAUGAUGAUGACGACGAGACAAAGAGACUUUCCAGCGAUUUUGGCAACCAUGUGGGAGAGGCAACCUGCUAGUCAAGAACACGGGCAGGCACACAUUCCUUUGUUUUGAUCCUUUGAAACUUUUUCGUGUAAAAGAUUGGUAAGUUCUGGCAUUCCUUUGGUUAGACCUACAGUAAAAUCACACAGGAUUCCUCAAAACAAGUCUGUAGUGAUAUGUUGAUAAUUUAGAGGGAAACCCCCUUGCCAUUUAGGCCAACUGGGGCAUGUGUCAGACAUGCAUAUCACUUUUAUUUGUACAAUACUGACCAUUGAAACACAAUUGGCAGCAAACCUUUACUUGUGAAAAACAGUAUAGGUAAUGAAAGAUAGUGGAAGUCUAGCAGACGACAUGAGAUAAAAUAAGACAUACAUGAGGCAAGGACAGCUAAAAUGUAGAAAAGGGCCUAAUUUCAUUGCUAAGGGAUACUUCACAAAAAAGAUAUUUUUUCGUUUAUCAGUUUGAAUCACAGAUACAUAUAAAAUAAAAGUGUGAGUAGAAUGUUGUUGCCAAACUGCUGUUUUGCACCCAUUUUGUUUUUCCUGUACAAGCCCUUACAAUAGAUGACCUCUAGACAUACAACAACCUUAGGAUUGACUAUACAUUCAAGAUAUUAGCAAGUAUAGCAGUGCAUAAGACAGAUUUAGAGUAAUUUACAAAUAUUGGUACCUCUUCCUUUGGGCUUAAGCUUUUAUUUUUUUUAUUUAUCUUUUUGUAUUUCAUAAGCAGACCACUGCCAGAAACUGAUGAAUACAUGGCAGUCAUAAUCACUAAUUACCAGCUUUGAACAGAUGUUAGUUCUUCACAGCUCAACUUAAAAAGCUAUAUAUAGUUUCUUCAAGGACAGCUUAAAAAUCUGUAAUUCUAUGUAUUUUUCAAGCACUCAUUAAGUAGAUGGUUGUUUUCUAUGAGUGCUGCCAGUGCUUUCGAUUUGGUAAAUGCAAUCAUGUUUCAGAAAUACAAUGAGAUGAGGUCACAAUUUUAUAUUUUUCAUAUCAUUCUUCUACGUCAUGAUUUGAUACAUUCAACUCCCAUUACCUUCAGUAGAAGUAUGGGAAACGUUUGACUGACCACAUUUUACACAGUGUCAUACCAUCUUGUGGCAUGCAUGGCAGGAAAACUAAUGUGAGAUUUUUUAUGUUAUCAAUGGUGGGCUGGUAUCUAGGAUGAUUUGAGCUGAGCUAAGAAAUAUACAGUAAAUUCAUAAAUUUUCAUAUUUUCUUUUGUAAUAGAAGGGAAGAGGAAGUUUUUUGUUUGUACAUUUGUAUAUAGUGUCAUAUAGUUUUAUAGUCUCUAGAUUGGCCAUGGAGUUUUUUUUAUAGUUUUACAGUAUUACACUAGAUGGCAUGUUGACAAUUUACAUUUUUAACAUUCACAUAGAUUACGAUGGUGGGCAUGUUUUCAGGUAACUCUAAAAGGCAUUUUACAAUUUUUUCCCCUCAUAUCUGUUACAUUUUCUUUUCAUUUGUGUAGUCAUUUUCAAUUUGACAUGAAAGUACUGUUUUGUAUGAAUUAAACAAGAAAAUAUUGUUAUUAGUCUGGCAAUCACACUUUGUAAAUAUACUGUGAUAAGGUAGAAUAGAACAACAUGACAUGUGUGAGGGGUGUCUAGUGUUGCUGCUUUACUAGUAAAUGUCUAGAGCCUUCUGUGCAAUGCAGUAAAAAGUGUCUUAAAAUGUCUUGUAAAACUUUGUUAUCUUGUACAUCUCUGUGGCUCAUUUAGCUACAAACGUACAUGUACAACAGCUGACUUACUGUAGUUCAACAAGCUACAAUAAUGAUCACUCCAAUGUAGGCAACUUCAAAAAUUUUGGUGAUGACUUGGUAUAUAUACAGAUAUGUUAAUACACAAUGUAUACAGAAUAUUCUACACAUAAAAUGUACAUACUUUCAUUCAACUUUGACUUUAAGAUUUCAUACAAUGGUACUGCUGUAUGUUGGCAAGAGGACAAAGUUAGUGGAAGUUUGUAGACAUUAAGUAGAUUGGGGGUGUUGUAUUUCUUUGGUGUAGAUCAUACCCAGCAUAUCUUUCAUAUUGCUAUUGCUUCUUUGUAGAAAAAGAGGGAGUGACUUGAAGGUAAUGUCUAGUCGAUCAACUGUCAUAUUUUGACAUGUUCUAGCUGCCAAGUCUACCAGAUGAAAUGUGUUGUUAUGUGAGGUACACAUUAAAAUGCAAUUACCUGAGUAUGAAAGGUCAGUCUCCUUCUCCAUUAAUGAGUAUUAUAUU